UCAUCUGUGUGUGUUGUCUUCGGAUAUUAGUGGACUUGCAAAAUAAAUCUUGCAAGGAACUCAUACUGUUUGGAUGAUGCUUUGGAUACUUACAAUCCUCCUUAUGAACAUGUACAAAGCACAUGAUGUUAUUCAAUUAAAUCGAGUAACAGAAGCUGCACCUGGAGAUACAGUGACUUUAGAUUGCUUUUUCCCUGUGGUUUUCAAGACCGAAACACUGUCCUGGUACAAACUAACACUGGGACGAAAGCCUGUAUUAGUGGCUAGUUUGUUUAGAGCCACUCAGUCCUGGAGUCCUUUGUUUUCUGAAGACUUUCAAAAUGGACGGAUGAACAUACAGCAGUCUGAAAGAACAUUUAAUCUGACCAUCGCAAACAUCACAUCAUCUGAUGAAGCAACAUAUUACUGCAUAGGGACAUUGAUUUCUGAUCUUACAUUUGGAAAUGGAACGUUUCUGGCUCUCAAAGGACACAGACAAUUUAACCACAGCUUUAAUGAGGAUAGAGCAUUGUUCUGCAAAGUGGCCAACUGUGGACAAAUGAACACUGAAAAGAAGACAGUUUUGAACACAGAAAAAGCUGUGGAUCCUGUUGUUUAUGGGUUGGCUGCUGUGUUGGGACUGUGUUUUGCGCUCAUAUGUUACCUGGUCAGUCUAAUUUACCAAGACAGGAACCACAAACAUGACGAAGCCGAUGCCAACCAUCGAGGCUACAGCAAUAGAGAUGACCUUGAUCAUAAUACUGAACAGAUGCCAGUAAGUUUCAUAUUCAUUGUUUUCAUGUCAAAGAAACAGUUCGAUAUAGAGUUACAAUGCCAUGCCUGUUUCCUUUAGAUGUUGAUGAGUCCAGAUGGAAAUGUCUUCACUUCUGUUAUCUACAAAAUCAAGGACCUCUAAGUGUCUGCAGAGCCAUGAAAUGCUGCCCUUUCAGCUUUCAUAUCUGCUACCUGUUCAACCAAGUUGACCACCAACACUCACACGCACACACACACACACGCACAUACACACACACACACACUCCCACGCACACACACACGCCCACGCACACACACAAACAGGCACGCACAUGAACAUACAUACUACAUACUGCUUCUCCUGCUUUGUUGCCUACAUGUUACCUCAUGUCAUUUAGUAGUAACUGAUGAACAUGGAUUUUGCAUGGCACCAUUCCUUCCCUGCUGUACAUAGAGAGCUGUAAUUGUGGGCACAUGCUACAGUGAAAAAGGGCCCUUUCUGCUGAAUGAAAACAUACAAUACAAAUGUUUUGUGCUAAUUGUAAUGUACUCUUCAAAUUAAUAAAGAGUACAUUCUAUUUUGCAUUAACUUUGCAUGCAGCAAUGUUUGAUUUUAUUUGUGAAAAAGUCAAAAACUGGCAAAAGGGACAGGCGAGACUCCGUAAUGCUGUUUCAAAUCUAGCCUUUAUUCUUCCUGCUUCUUACCACGUGUACAAGCAUACCUCAAACUCUUUUUUGUUUUGUUAAACUGACUAUCUAUGUUUUCUUCAUCAUAUUUACACAUCGCUAUGCAUUGCUCAUCAAUUUAAAAUAAUGUUUUAUACUAAUUUUUAUACUGCGGCUGAUAGAGAAAUGUGAAACUCUGACUUUAAUCAAGUAUGUAUGUGUGUUAAUCAUUUGCCUUUGUAAGCUGAAACUUGACUUUUCUUAAGUGCUGAUGUUUCUAACUCUGUACGUGUACCUUCUGUGUGUGCCUGUCUCGUCUGAUGCAGUCUGGGAGUGGGCCUGGCCCAUCUCUCAUCCUCCAAUAUGAGAGUGAGCCAAUGCUUCUCUCUUGUCUGCCAAGACAUGAGUGAGCCUGAUAUGCAUAUUGAAUAAAAAGAUACUUAUACACAACUUCGGAGUCCGAGGUAAACUGUAGUGUGAAUUUCCACCUAACAGUGGCAAAACAAUAAAAUUGUCUCAAGGUGCUUUACAGGGCCUGAACCCCCUCAGAGCAAGUACAAUUGCGACACAAGGAAGAACUCCUUGGCAACAGGAAAGCCGGCCGGGUAGAGACAA